AUUAUCAUAUUAAUUCCUUAAGCAAGUGUUAUUAUCAUAAUAUUUAUAUUAACUUAUUAACUAAACUCGAUUAUUGUCCAAACUUGAUUGAAGUUUAGAAUAUCUUCAAAAAACAAUAGAAUACCUUCGUUCGUAAAAUAGUACCUUCAUUCGUAAUAUGAUACCUUCGUAAGAGUUAAAAUUAUCAGUUACGAAGGUAACUAUUAUCUUCUGCAACCAUUAUAUCUUCUGCAACUUUUAUUUAGUCCACGCCAGCAGCACCUGAGGACUCCUUUGUUUGCGAAGGCUGAAUGCCACCGGCAUGUCACGGUAACAUUCUAAAGGUUAAAUGUUGCGCGGCGACGAAACUCAAACUUUCAAAACCGUGCUGCGUUUCCAGGCGACAGGUACUUUUGAAGGUACUUUCGAAGCGUCAAAAUGCCCGAACAGCGCAGCUGGCUGUUGCAGCGAGUCACAGGCCCCCGUUGAUCCAGAGGUCACUUACAAAGUUGAUAGACGUUCCCGCUGUUCCAAUCGGCUCAUUCGUUGCUGAACCGGUAUCUGGACUUCACCGUCUCGAUCCUCGUGUGAAGCAAGCGUGGCUUACUGCACUGUUACUGCUUUCGCCAAACGGAACCGGGGAAGAGAAAGUUCUCCUCUGUUGCUGCCUAACUUUAGUCACGGCAGUCACGCUUCCUUCGCGCGUUUGGCGUCCGCAAGUGACUGUUCUCGUAGGCAUGGUGCUUUUCUUAUUUAUUCUUCUACUUGUUGGUGCGGAUACCAUCAUACCGGUGAUGCAACCAAGAGAACCCAACUGUUCUGUAGAAGGACUGGAGCUGAUCCCUGAGUUGGAACAAAGUUUCGCUCAUAUCCUUUUAAGCAUCGGCCCCCUGCAAAUCACAAGGAAGGCCGCUAGCCUUGCGAUCAGCUCGUCUUGUCUGACAUUUACCGUUUUGCAGUCUACCAGUUUGAUCUUGUAUACUACUACGCCUGAAAAAAUGGCUUCAGGACUGCGUUGGUACUUGCAGCCCAUAGCUUUGCUGAGGGCACCCAUAGACGAACUCACGUUCACGCUUGUAGUAUGUUUACGCUUCACAUCAAUCGUUUUUGAAGAACUCAGGAACAUCAGCAUUGGGCUAGCAGCGCGUGGGUUAGACUGGGAGUCCCUAGGGCUCCGAGGGUCGCUCAGCAUGUUCGCUUCACUCCUGGCCCGUGCACUCGAUUCAAUGCUCAGUUCCUCUGAGUCGGUUAGUGAUGCACUAUUGGCAAGGGGUUACGCAAAAGCGUCUCGGGUAGAAUUGCAUGCUCCAAGUGAACGGUCUGAAGUCGACCCCCUGGGCAAUUUGGCUGCUUUGGUGGCUCUUUGCACUUUGAUAACAUAUUUUGAAACAAACUAGACCUUUGCAACCAUACCCCGCCCUGAGUUUCAACACUUAGCUGACCAUUCUGCUGAUGUGACUGGGUACGCAGACUGAAAGUCGGGUAUGCAACUCGCCCUAUUGCCGAGGAUCUUUUGACGUAAUUUACGAAAUCUCGCCAGUCAACAUCAAAUCGAUCGCGAUAGUCUCACUUCACGAUAUCUCUCACCCGGGAAAAUUCAUGUCCUCUCAACCUGACUUAAUACUAAAGUGACGAAAUGCGUGUGGUGAUUGUGAACUAGCUCUGCAGAAUAACAUUGCGAUCCCAACAAGCGCAGAGCCACCGCGUUAGCUUUCGCGACCAACUCUAUUGCCGUCAAGUCCUUAGCUUGUUCUAUGGAAAGCAAAGAGGGUUGCAAAUUCAGAACAUGCCGCGCCUGACAUUCUGCCUGCAGAAAACAAUUUACAGCUGCAGAUAAAAUUUUGUCUGUUGCAAUUCCUGUUAUAACUGUCACGUGUCCAUCGUAAUCUGACCAUCGAGCCGGCAUAAUAUCUGUGCAAGAUAAGGAGUCAAAACGCUGCAAGAAACAUUGCUCAGAAUCUGUGAAAGAGUUUUGCACCGGCCCUAUUAGAUAACCCAUCCUUUCCAAAGCAAAUAGCAUUAAAACCAAACCUUUACAAAUUUUUUUGUGAACCUCGCCGACAGAAAUAUCGGCCUUGUUAUAUACGAAUACGUCAUUUUUGCUGACGUAAUCGUUAGCAAAGGUCUCGCCGGAAGCCACAACUAGAUCUGUCGAUGCGUGCAACAUUUCUCCAAUGAACCAG